CAAGACGAAAUAUAAUUCGUCGUUCCAUCAUCGGUUCAAACUCUGGAAACGGCACACGGGCUCGUUAAAUUGAUCGCUCCCACAUCUUUGCAGCGUGGAUCGCUGUACAACCGAAAGUUCCGUGCGUUUUCUAUCUUGGCCAGUAUUUUGGAUUGGUUUCGAACCUGCAGGCGAUUUACAUAAGGCAGCUAGCCAGUCACGUUUGAUCAAGCUCCUCAGGUGCCUCUACUCUAGCCUCAUCAAACCUGGGACGUCACGUUCAGAAGACCCGCGGACUUUCCAGGUGAUUUCCUUCACGUAUAGAUAAUACUUAUUUUACUUACGGUUCACACAUCACAUGAUAUAUUUAUUGGCGCCUCAUGGCCACGGAUCUUUCUUUCGCCUGCACAUAAAUACCCACAUCUACCAAGCCGUUCGCUCCGAGCAACAUUGUCCGUCCAGUCGCCGAUCGGCGUUGCUGGACCCCGGGUAUCCACAUCGUAAACGACGCCGGCCGGCAGCGCAUCCUAACACCCACAACCCCGUUGUAGGUUUGGCUUUGGCUUGGUCGCAUGGUCUUGCAUAACCAACCUUUGCCUGACUCGGUUUACCAACGUCCCGCAUCAUUACAUAUUCCUGGCACUGCGUGGAUUGUUCAUGCUCGGAAGGCCAGUGUCGGUCUACUAGUGCUUCCGAUUUCUUUCAUCAAUUACUUCUUAUUUCAUCUAGACCUAGAUCGACAUAAAGACGACAUUUCGGCUUUCCAACAUGAAUACUCGACCAGCCAUCGAGGGUCCCCCAACCCGGACGACCCUAUCGGCGUCCUUCAACAGUGACUCCACCUGUUUUGUGGUUGGAUUGACUUACGGAUAUGCAGUCUUUAUGAGCCGGGAUUGUGUCAUGAGAACGACCUCUGAUUUGAGAUCUGGGGUCGGAAUCGCCAGCAUGAGGGGUGUUAGCAAUGUGAUUGGACUUGUCGGUGGAGGACAGCCUGCUAGAUGGGCGCCUAACAAACUUAUACUCUGGAACGUACAAGCAAAUAAGGUCUACCUGGAGAUCAGCACCUUACUGCCAAUCCGUGGCGUUCAGAUGUCAAUGGAACGGACAAUAGUCGUACUAAAGAACAGCGUACGCGUCUACAAGUUUGACAAGAAGCCCGACCUCAUAACAUCGUAUGAGACAGCCGACAACAUUUUGGGCAUUGCUGAUCUGUCAGUAUCGGGAGACAUGCUGGCCUUUCCCGGAAGGACAUCAGGACAAGUGCAGCUUGUCAAUUUUGCCACUGAUACUGUCCGCAUCAUUCCUGCACACUCAUCCACUCUUGCAUCCAUCCGGUUCAGUCCAGAUGGAAGACUAGUGGCUACAGCAAGUGAGAAGGGGACGCUCCUCCGUGUCUUUUCCACUGCCACCGGUGGACGCGUGAUUGAGUUACGAAGAGGGCUGGAUCCUGCAAAGGUCUUUUCGCUCCGUUUCAAUCCGGCAGGAACCAUGCUGGCCUGCACCUCAGACAAGGGCACACUACAUUUAUACGACAUCCCGGCAUCUAACGCUGGUAACGCUGGUAACGCUGGUGCGCAGACCGCGACUAACACUCCAGGAGUGGGGUUCUCAGAUAGUGAUGUGAUCGUCAAGCCACCGACGACAAAGGCGGGAAAUGCGGGAAACAGCGAAAGUUCCAACACAAACAACUCAUCUACAAGAUGGGGUAUUCUCGGUCAACUGCCACUGAUGCCCCGUUAUUUUCGAGACGUCACAUCCUUUGCGCAGAUCACGUUCGCAUCAGUGGAUGAUUCACCCAUGCCGACUACGUCUGCCAACAGUCCAGCGAGAAACACAGAAGACCUCGUUGGGGUGUCAAGAAGGGUUGGCAGUUCCCGGAAUGGGCAGCCACUGUCUUCUAGCAAAGACAAUGACUAUUCCAUGAACAUCAAACCGAACAAGGGAGAGAUUGGUUGGCCAACGGAGGAUGAGAUUAUCGUGAUUGGGGCAGGUCACGAUGCGCGCUGGGAGAGGUUCCAGCUAGUUCAAGAACAGACAGGAGAGAGGAAUCUUGUCAGGUCAGGAUGGAAAAGAUUCAUGACGCAAAUAUAAGAGGCAGCGAGCCCUUUGUCGCCUACCAACUAUUAGGCGGCGCGGACAACGCUUGCUUGCACGUUGGCACAAUGCUGGGCAUUGGACCGUCGGGCCAUACUCACCGACGGGGAAGUUGUCCGAACCUGACGGUAGGAAACGUUCGUUUUAUUGGAACUGCAGGACUUGGAGCAACGUGGACGAUAUUACGCAGCGGUUUAUUCAUUCAGUUUUGCUAUUGUCCAUUCAGUAAGGAGUUGUUUAGUCAUUGGGGCAUGUGCCGAGGGGCUCAAGCAGUACAAUAAAUUAGGGAUUAUGGCGUUGGGGAAUGUGGGCAAAUUUAUAAGUACUAGCAAUCAUAAAGAAUAAGAUGAUCGAUACCAACCUCUAUGACGGAUCACUUGCAGGGAGGCAUCGGUUCACCGGCAAUCAACGCAGAACUAACAAGACAAUCAAAAUAAUACUGAGGUCAUGUAUUUAGUACGGAGCAUUCCAAUAUGUUCAUCCAGUGCCGUACAGUUC